GGCACAGGCAACAGUCACGCCGUCGACAACGACGGCAGAACAGCGUUGAUGUUGGCGGCGAUGCAUGGCCACACCAACGUGGUCCAGCACCUCCUCGAGCAAAGCGCAGACCUUAGCGUCGCCGAUAACGGGGGCAAGACCGCGUUGAUGCUGGCGUCAGCCUACGGACACAGUGGUUUGAUCAAACUCUUCCUGCAGCGCUCGGCAGACAUCCACCUCGUCGACAAUGAAGGCGAGACGGCGUUGAUGAUAGCCUCCACCCAUGGGUACACCGAUGUGGUCGACAUCCUGCUGCAAAGAGGUCCGGUCGACGUCAAAAAUGGCAAUACGGCGCUGAUGCUGGCGUCGCUUAACGGGCACAUCGACAUUGUCAAACUUCUCGCCCGGCACUCGGCCAGCGAUGCCACCAAUAAUAGCGGCAAGACAGCGUUGAUGAUGGCAGCAGCCAAUGGCCACGCCAAUGUGGUCCAAGUCCUACUUGAUAAAUCAGCUCCACGAACGUUUCAACCUUACAUCGAUCCAGUUCAGCACGAGGGCAAAACGGCGUUGCUGCUGGCGUCCGAACACGGCCAUGACAGUGUCGUCAAGAUCUUGCUGAGCCGCAAUGCUUGCGUGCUACAUGUCGACAAUAAAGACCGGACGGCACUGAUACUGGCAUCCACGAAUGGACACGAAGCCGUUGUCCGAUGUCUGCUCCUUGCUGGCGCAGCCGUCAACUUUACCGAUCCGGAUGGCCGAGCCGCGUUGACCGUUGCCUCCGCACACGGCCGCGAGGUCGUCGUCCAGUGGCUGCUCAAUGCACAAGCAAAUGUGAACGUCUGUGAUCGUCACGGCAGGACGCCGUUGAUGCUGGCGGCCAUAAACGGCCACGAGACCGCCGCCAAGUGGCUCCUCAACGCCGAUGCAAAAGUCAAUGUUAUCGAUCGCGACGGCAAGACACCACUCAUGAUGGCGGCCAUGAACGGCCACGAGAUUACGGUCAAGUGGCUGAUCGAUGCCGAUGCGCAAGUGAACCGAAGCGACAGACCAGCGCCAACGGUCACGAUCGCGUCGUUCAACGCUUGCUUGCCGCCGGCGCCAACGUUCAUCUUUGCGACAACGUACGCAGCAUAUCUCUAG